AUGACGCCAACAAUUGGCGCUGGCGGACAUAAAUGGCUUAGUCCGGCACAGGAACGACAGCAGACUCUGGACUACUCGGACGUGUUUCCUAAACAUGUUGGACGUGAUUGUGGCAUCACAGUAUUUCGUAUCGAGGCAUUGACACCGGCAAUCCAAUCGCAAGAAUUGCUGGGAAGAUUUUGUGUCGCCGACUGCUAUAUUAUUCUUGUUACAGCAUAUGUUGAUUCUGCAGAAAACACUUUUGAUGAGCAUAGAGAAGGAUAUGAACACAGGAUAUACACAUGGAUUGGUGGAGAUGCAGAGAUGGACAAAAAAUUCUGUGCGGCCAUGUUUUCUGUUGGCUUGCGAAACUGGGUUGGUGCUGCUUGCCGUAUUGAGCGUGAAGUCGAGGGCGAAGAGUCUCCAGAGUUUUUGGCAGAAUUUGGUGACGAAAUUGAAUAUGAAGAUAGUUCUCAAGCAACUGAAAGUGGUUUGUUUAUGGCUGAACAAAAACGAUAUCCACUUCGACUAUACAAAAUGCAUGGCAAGACAGGACUACGACUCUGUUUGGUUGAAACCUUGUUUUCUUCGCUCAAAUCUGAUGGCGUUUUUUUGCUUGACUGGGGGCUAGAAAUUUUCCAAUGGAAUGGCUCUGCAUCCAACAUGCAUCACCGAGUAAAAUGCCGCAUGAUUUGUGAUCGCAUCAAUACUCUUGAGCGAGUGGGACGAGCUCAUGUGGUUGUUGUAGAUGAAGGAGAUGAGCCUUUUCGCCUUUGGGAAAUUCUUGGUGGUGAGCGUGUUCCACCUGUUUUGGAAAACUCUUGUUCUGGCACAAAGCCUGUUCAACAAGAAUCACAAUUCGAUGUGCUGGCCAAGGCACCGUCUAUUUUGUAUAGAGUAUUUCCUAAAAUUGCUCCUCAGUUGGAAUCGCACCAAGUUGCGACUGGAGAUAUAUCUCGGAGUUUACUUGUUUCUGAUGGAUGCUAUAUUUUGGAUGUCGGUGUGGAGCUGUUUUUGUGGCUUGGAAAGAAUGCAUGGCCUCAGCUGCGAUCCAUGGCAACCGAAUUGCUUGCUCGAGUUGCAUCGUCAAGAGCACGACCAAAAUGGGUUGGAUUAACUAGAUGUAUUGACCAACAUGAACCAGAAAUAUUCAAACUAAAGUUUUGUGACUGG